AUGGUUGGAGGCAAACAACACAGCCGUGGCACUGAUCCAGGAACCGUGGAUCAGCGCCCGCGGCCAAAUAAAUGGACUCUCACAGAUGAGAGAGACCUGUGUGCCGUCAAGCUUUUAGCUGACACGGCCACGGGCCUGCCUGAAGUGGUGCUUGCCUCUGUCUAUAUGGCGGAGACUGAUGUACCACCACCGCAGAAAAUGGAACGGCUAAUCAAAUACUGCGAGCAGAGCGGCCAGCACAUCGUCGUGGCCACUGACUCCAAUGCCCACCAUCCGUUGUGGGGCAUGGAACUUGCUAAUGACAGAGGAAAGAACCUAAUAGAAUACUUAUUCACAACUAACCUUCAAAUCCUUAAUAAAGGUACAGUACCAACCUUCGUAAAUAAAAGAUGCAGGACGAUCAUAGACCUAACCCUAGCGUCCGAAGGAGCUGUAAAUCUUGUCCAAGACUUGCACGUGUCCGAAGAAGCAUCCUUCUCGGACCACAGAUGGAUAAGAUUCAACUUAGAAACAACCAUCAAAGAACAACAACCGAAACGGAAUCCCCGAAAAACCGAUCGUAAAAUAUACAUUGACAAACUACACCAGAGCCUGGGGGAACCGGUAGCACCGGGAAGACUGCUGGACACAGCACAGAUAGAAACGCAGGUUACAGAACUGACAUCAAACAUAUUGAGCAGCUAUAAUUCCGCAUGCCCACUGAGUGAAUCUGCCCCGCGGCAAGGCCAACACUGGUGGGGGCCUGAACUUGAGAGGCUACGCAGAAGGUAUGUUAACAUCAAAAGCCGCGCGGUCGGAGCGCGGCAGGCGGAACUCUAUACAACACGUACAAACGCUGGGUCGCGAACGCGCGAACUGAACGUAGGCGGAGAUCUGUCGCUGGCGCACGCCGCGGUGCGCAUGCGUAGUGAGUGUAUCAUGGCUCGUGGAUGGUUGCGUGCGCAGAUUUCGUCCUUAUAA